ACGAAAAGCAUGAAUGGCGUGACGUUGAGGAAACGCCUCCCAGAGGUGUAACUUCGCGUUUUAGGAGCGUUGCCGUACCGGGACCGCUUGGACCUUAUAGCCCCUACAAAAACAAAAACGCCGCUUUCCAUGCAGAGCUUAUUGGCAAAUGUAGCUGUCUAUUAUAGCACUGAUCGUUCAAAUGGAAGCAUGCACGCAUUUCUAGAACUGCUCCGCACUUUCGUUCUCGCUUUCCAUCGUUCGGAGGCGGUGCAGAUGUCAGCGGAAUAGGCGAAAAGGCGACGGAAAAAAAGCGUUCAAAGCUUUUUUAUUUUCUGGCACGAUCGCCUAUGGGGAUCAGCGACACGUGUGCAGCUGUGAUGCGCGAUUUCUGGAGCGCACGCCUCUCAAGGGGAGUCUUAAAUAUCCUCCGCACCAUCCUGUGUAAGUGAAGGUGUAUAUAAAGCGCUUUUGCGGGAACUCGGCGAAACACCAUUUAUUAUCCAAUCCGGGAUAUUGGAGAUAUUUAAAGUUUACUUGUUGCAGAAAUAACACCGUUCGGUGUAAUAUAAACAUUUUAGCGGAGUGGGAGAUGAAUCCUGAAUGUGAAGACCUGGAUUGCAGGACAACUGUGCGCUAAUUGAACUGGUCGACGGUGGAAAACGCGUGAAAAAUAUCCGAGUGGCCGGUUUUCUGACAGUCUUCAAUCAAUAGGCUAUGGCAAACCAAAGUACUUUUGAUAGUAAGAUUAUAGUGGAGAAUUACAUCCACCAAAAACUUUCGAAUAGGGGAAUCGACUGGGGAAUGGACUUUGGCGAGGAAACGGAGCCGCCAGCGAACGGCUCCACGGGCACGGCGCUCUCACGGCGCCUCCAGACAGGUGCCGCCGCCGCCGCCCAUAUUCGCAAUCGGUCGCCGCAGUUGGACCCGCACGCCGCUCUCCACGCAGUCCUGCGGGAAGCUGGGGAUCAGGUGGAAAGGCGCUACCGCCGGGACCUAGUGGAGAUGUCGGCGCGGCUGCACCUGACACCCGACACGGCGGAGAGCAAGUUCGCCGCGGUGAUAGAGGAGCUGUUCAGGGACGGCACCAACUGGGGCCGGAUAGUAGCCUUCUUCGAGUUCGGGGUUGCGGUGUGUGUGGAGAGCGUGAACCGGGAAAUGACGUCCCAGGUGGACCACGUUGCCAGCUGGAUGACGGAGUACCUGAACGGACCGCUGCACACCUGGAUCCAGGAGAAUGGGGGAUGGGAAGCCUUCAUGGAGCUGUACGGUCGCAGGCGGGGGUCCAGCGAAGCGUGGCCGCACCUCAAGUCCGUCGUCGGACUGGUCGCCCUGGGAGUUGUCGGCGUCCCCAUCGCGGCAUAUAUGAUGCUGAAGUAGCGGAGUCCUCCCUUCCUCAUACGCCGGGCUGUACCUGCGCACCCAGGCCCCCCCCCCAGCCCUCCCGGCCCCCCUGGCUUUGCAGCUUCAUCCCACCGCCCCAAGGGCCUGAAUCCACAACCUGCUGCACUCAAACAGAGACAAUCGGCACUGGGUUCCGCUUGCAGUCUCCCUGCGGGAGUUUAGGUGGGAUCUAUGGUGACUGACGAAGCCCUGAUCCUACAGGUGACGACUGAAUGAGGAACGGGGCGUGUGACUCUCUGUCAUCUGUUUUCCUCUGGCUUUGGCCUGAAUCUGCGGCACGCUGCAGUCAGUGCUCUGUAUGCUUGGGUCAGUCCACCCAUUGCCGGUAUGUCCUGGAACAGGACUGCCGUCACCCCGGCGAACCCCCCAACACGCUGGUAUGCUGUUCGGGACACCGCGCUGAAGACCUCUCCUCCCAUAGGCCGAACGAGAGCGGUCCUUCAUGUUACAGUGCAAAGGCCAAUCGCUCCACAUUUUUAAAAAAAAUGCUGAUCCUCUCUACCCCACCCCCACCGGAGGGACGUUGGACACGCCGGGGGCACGUCAGAGUUCAUCACCCGCUGGAAUGCGGGGCGGGGAAGACGCAGCGUUUCCCGGGCAACAGUACAGAGCCAAAGCAAGACUUCUGAUGUUGCCGUGAGAGACGGUUGCCUUGCGCUUGUUUUUUUUUUUUUACAUUCCCUGUAAAUCCUCUGACUUCUCUCUGUUUGGGAGGCUACUAAUUGAUCCUUAUUCUGUAGGUUAACUGCAUGCUUCAUGUGUGAACCGCACGGGGACAGAGCCACCGGCUACAACCAAUGGCAUGAAGCCCUGGAUCCUGCUAGGUGUUAACAAAGGGUCUUUCAGUUCCCUCCUGUGCUCCAUGGAGGGGGGGCGGUUUAGGGACAGGUGAACAGGUGUGUCUCUGACCCGUACACUGCCCCCCCCCCCCCCCCCCCGGGUUCCCAGAAGAGAAAAUCAGUGCAGAUGUUUGUGGAACAUCAGGUCAGAAGGUUCUCAUUAGAGCUAAAGGAAACCCUUUGUUGGAGCACUGGAGAUUAUCUGGGAUGGGAGGGUUCCUGGAUCGGUCCGGAGCGAGCGGGAGCAUUCCAAGGUCGCCUGUGGGGGGGGGGGGGGGGGGGGUCGUGCUGCCUGCAGGUGCCCCCCAUCAUCUGUUCCAGCGAUUGUGUUCCUCUUUGUAUAAUGAUGCUCCAUAUGAGUUGCCACAGCAGGGGGGUUGGGUGGGCAUCUCUCAGCUGUCCCCCCCCCCCCAGUGCCACAUGCUGGGUCAUUCUGCGUGGAUGGAGACUCCCCCAGCUGGAGUGGGGUGGGUCCUCAGGCCUUUAGGAGACUCCAUACGCUGUGAGGCACUGUCUCCCAAUUACUAUUUUUUUUCCAAAAAGACUAACUGCAGCGCCGGACCCUGUAUUGUGCCGUGGCGAGCUGACCGUCACCGAGCCGUAACGCUGUGGCUCCCAGCAGCUUCUGUCCUCGUCGCCUGUCCGCCGGCUCCUCUCCGCGGAGACCGAGCCUGUCCCGCUUAGGAAUGAUCACACAGGUGUUACGUCAUGCAGGUCCUGCCAUUCGGGGCGGCAGCCAUGCCAACGAUCUCUAAUGUAAGCUUGAGCUACGACCAUAUAUGCGGAGAAGUCUGCUUUGUUAUGAUGGUAACGACCCAUAACGUGUGUCUGAGAUGUAGAUACUGAGUUUGCAGUUUAUUUUAAUUUGCCGCUGAGAAUGUAGGGUUCUUCAUUUCCAGGCACCAGCCCGUAUAGUAUUAGCAGGAAGUUACUGAAACAGCAAUGGGCAGAAAUACCGGCACACACGCACACACACACACAUAUAACAUAUAAUGUGUGGCUGUCUACGUGUGCAUGCAUGUGUGUUUGUCCAUGUGAUUCUGUGUUCAUGUGUCUGCAUGAGUGUGUAUAUACCGGUAUUCCUGCUUGGGGCUGCUCACGCAUGUGUACAUGCUUGUGUGUUUCUACAUGUGUGUGUAUUUUUUUUCUGCACGUGUGUGCGCAUGUGUCCCCACUUGUGCUUGUGUGUUUGUGUACUUGUGUUUCUUGCAUGUGCGCAUGCGAGCGUGUAUUUGUUUGUUUGGAUGUACGUGUGUGUGUGUGUGUGUGUGUGUGUGUGUGUAUAGUCAUUUUAAUUUGCAUUCCCUCCUGUGGGUGGCGCUCAACCUUUAUUACGAGAAAACCGUACGUGAACUCCUGUGUCUUACCAUGGGGUUGAUGUUGUCCAAUGGCACUUACAGGGACUGGAGCGCUAUUUCAUGUACAGGACCCAUUUUGCACUGGGAUCCAAGUGCCACUGUUCUGCUGGUUUUUAAAAAUGUGUUCAAAUAAGCUUUUAGUUAACACCAGAGUCUAAGUGACAUAAACUGCUGCUUCAAAAACCAAGAAUGGAUGUUAGAUCAAAACCAAUAGGACAUUGGCUCUAGAGGACCAAGGUGGGGCGUGUCAGAACACAAGACCACCAACAACUUCAGAUUGUUCUCUAUCUGUAAUCAUUCCUGUCUGUAUUUCAUUAUUAAUUCUGUAUUUGUCAUUCAGCGUGAUACUAUUGUAAUAUCUUCACAACAGAGCAUCUAACAUUUAUCAAUGUCAUAAGCUACUACAAAUGUUCUGAUUAAACACCAUCCUGACAGA